CACCACCCGGCUCCUCGGGAACAGAGAGAGGCAGGAAUGAAGGAAUCGCUCCAAGGUCACCUGGGCAGGUGCUCCAACACCCGGCACGGACCCUCCAGCAGCCCCGGGAAGGUGCCCUGGGAGAGCCCCGGGCUCCGGGAAUCUCUGAUGGACACGAGCACACCCGGAAUUCUGGAUGGUGGACACGGAAACCCAAAAACGCUGCAUGGAACUGGGGCCUGCCGGGACCCCACGGCCCGGGAAUGGCAUGGGAAGGUCCAUCCCAACCCAGCCAGUCUGGAUCCUGGAAUUCCCAGAGCCCCCGGAGCAAGGGAUGGCACCAGCAGAGCCCCCGGGACGUGGUGACCCCUCAGAGCCCACACAGGGACACGGGGCAGUGCCAUCCCCGGGAGUGCCCGGUCCCAGCUGACCCCGGGAUAACCCCCGGCCCGCUCCCGGAGCCGCCGCUGCCCGCCGGGAGCUGCGGGGAUGCCCCGGCGCCGGGCAGUGCCCACGCUGGCCUCGCUGUGCCUGCAGAGCCUGGCCCAGCACAUGCAGAGCCUCUGGGCCAAGGACUACAGUGACAACUACCUGGACGAGUACGAGUUCCGCUUCCUCGUGGGCCCCUUCAAUGACUUGGCCUGCGGGCUGGUGCAGGAGCUGCUGCGGGUGCUGGGUGCCAGCCGGCGCCUGUCGCGCGCGGCGCUGCACCUGCUGCUGCUGCCUCACCUGCGCCAGCUCAGCCUGCGGCCCUGCCCCAGCCUGGCCAACAACGCCCUGGGGCACCUCAUCGUCCUGCGCUGCCAGGGCCUGAGUUCCCUGGACCUGGGGGGCUGCGGGCGGCUCUCGCCGGCCGUGCUGGUGGACGUGGCCGAGGGGCUGCCCCGGCUGAGCCGCCUGGGGCUGGCACACACGCAGGCCAACGUGCAGGUGCUGUCGGCCGUGGGCUCCUGCUGCCGCCUCCUGCGGGAGCUCGACGUGUCGGGCUGCAAGAAGGUGACCCCGCGCGCCCUGCGGCACCUGGGCUACGACCCCCUGGCGCGGACCCCCGGCUGCCCCGCGCUGCGAGUGCUGCUGGCCCGCGACCUGGAGCCCACCGGCGACGGGGACGCGGUGGCCGCCGUGGCCUUCCUGCUGCUGGCCCUGCCGCAGCUGGAGGUGCUGGCACACGGGGCCGUGCCGGACGCGCUGCGCCUGCUCCACGCGGGGCAGCUGGACGGCACCGCCGACCCCGAGGGCUUCCCGGGGCUGCAGGAGCUGGCGCGGGGCCGGGGGGCGGCGCCGGGGGGGUCCCCGCUCACUCUGCCCCUGCGGCAGCUCGAGGAGCUGGAGGAGGACGCCCUGGGCACCGUCCGCGCCGUGUGUCCCCGGGCCGAGGAGCUCAGCGCGUGGCUGGGGGACGGGCCCGGCCCCGCGGGGCUGCGGGAGCUGCCGGGCUGGCAAUGCCUGUCCCGGCUGACGCUGGGCUGUGCCGGCCGGCACGGCCGGGCGCUGGCAGAGGUGCUGCCGCUGGCGGAGGCCCUGGGCGCCCGCCUGCACGCCCUGACCCUGCACGGCUUCAGCUGCCCGGACCCGCUGUCGCUGCCCGCCCUGCUCUCCAGCUGCCCCAGCCUGCAGAGCUUCAGCACCGAGCUGCAGGUGCCGCCGGACCCCCACGCCCCCGCCGAGCCCCCCGCCCCGCCGCCCCGCUGGGCCACCGACCUGCUGCCCCUGGGGCUGCCCCAGCUCCAGAGCUUCUCGCUGGCCCUGGCCGGGCCCGUGCCAGCCGCACACGUGCCGGUGCUGAGCGCCACGCUGGCCUCGGUGCUGAGCCGGGCCCCGCGGCUGCAGACGCUGCGCCUGCUCACCCUGCCCUUCCCGCUGGACUCGGUGCUGGAGCCGGAGCUGGGGCAGCUGGGGGAGCUGCAGGAGCUCUCGCUGGCCGGGAGCCACGUGUCCCCCCACACCGUGUGGCACUUGCUGGGCUCCGAGGGGCCACUGCGGCGCCUGGACCUGUCCCGCUGCCCCCACAUCCACCGGCGUGACUACGACGGGUUCCUGCAGUUUGUGCAGAGGCAGCGCCUGGACCUGGACAUCGCCUGGGAGUGACGGCACCGGGGGCUUUAAUAAAGGGGUCACAGUCCCA